AGAUUAGAUCAUGCGCCUAUCUUGCUUCAUGCUGGAAGAAGAGCAAAAAAUAGACAGAAAAAGCGGGUUUUCAGAUUUGAGGCGUAUUGUUUAUCCAAUCCUGAUUGUGGUGAUGUGGUUCGAGCUGCAUGGAACGAAGGUGUGAAUGUUCCGAUUCAGGGUAAGAUUGAGUCUUGUGCUGCCGCGCUGGGCCGAUGGGCGAACAAUACAUUUGGGAGUCUCAAACAAAAAAUUAAAAAAUCAGAGGCCGAGUUGAAAGAGGUGCAACAAGGGAACAUGGAUGGUUCGAAGCUAGAGAGGUGCAAACAAAUUUCAGAAAAGCUUGACAAAUUGCAUCUUCUUGAGGAGUCAUAUUGGCAUGCGCGUGCUAGGACUAAUGAACUGCGUGAUGGUGACAAAAAUACCUCUUAUUUCCAUCACAAAGCUUCGUCUCGGAGAAAAAGAAAUUUUAUAGAGGGGCUUGAGGACAGUUCGGGACACUGGGUCCAAGAUGCGCAGGGAAUUCAGGGCAUAAUUACAGAUUAUUUUUCUAGCCUUUAUGCUUCGGAGGGGACAACGAAUAUUGAAUCAGCCCUUGCUGGGUACAUUGUGUUGUUUCGGAUAGUAUGA